GCACCGUUUGGUGUCAUCUUCAGAUCGGUUCCGAAAAAGUGCCUCUACGCAAUAGUCUAUCCGUCCCGUGGUCCGUCCACAUUAAAUUCUUUUGAUUCUAUGUGGGUUGGAAAUAUAAUGAAUUAAGUGGAAUAGUGUGAUACAUAUAUAGAACGUAUGUAACAAGAGUUUGAUGUCGCAUUGUAUCUAAAAGCCGGUUGUUGGCUAGCUCAAAUGAUAGAAUGUACUGUUCUGAAUGCAUUGUUACUCCUGUGAAUCGAUAUAAAUGUGCAGUGCGCGCGUUCGAAUUCUAUGAGUAGAAAAUGCACAAGAUAAAGCUGCCCAUUAAGACCGACAUACCCACCGCGCUUACAAGGAUGGUAUUGGAUCAUAAAGCAACGAGUCUUCACAGCGAUUACGGCAGUUUUGGCCCACCAUUGCCAAGUGUUGAAAGGCAAGAUAUUGACGCAGAGGCGGCGGUUGAUGGGAGUAGUAGUAGAAUGGCACAGUUGAGUGACGUUUAUCAGAGGCAACCAUUACUUCCCGGCGUACCAAUCAAAGGAAAAGACCGAUGGCCUGGUGUUUCUUUGAGCUCUGAUUAUUACCACGACGACCAACACGACGAAAUCGGUGAAAAUUCCCAUGCUCUACAUACUGGAUUACAGAAUGGUGCUGGAAGUGGAAUAGUCAAACUUGACAUGCCACCACCGUUGAGAGAAGAACCUCGGUUUCCUAAAGAAAAAUGGAAAACGCUUCUCGCAUUUCUGUUUUUGGUUGUUAAUUUUAUUCUUAGUACUACGUCUCUCGCCAUGUUACACGAACGUGUACCUGAUCGUGCAAUUUAUGGACCGCUUCCUGACAUUAUUUUGGACAAUGUCACCGCACAGGAUUGGGCUCUCAGCGUCUCGGAAGUCCUUAUUAUGAUUGUUUCCAAUUCAGCAUUGAUUUUUAUCGUUUUUCACAAAUACAGAUUCAUCGUGGUAAGAAGAGUAUUCUUGCUGAUGGGACUACUAUAUCUGAUGAGAAGCAUCACGUUCUACGUAACGGUUUUACCGGUUUCCAGCAAGACUUACUUCUGCAGUCCCAAGCUUAAUCAUACGACCCCUCUGAUUAUAAUAAAAAGGGCACUUCACAUAAUGUCUGGCUUUGGUUUGUCAAUGAAUGGAAAACAGACGUAUUGCGGUGACGCCAUAUAUAGCGGACACACGGUCAUUCUCGUACUUUGUUACCUGAUUAUUAAAGAAUACUCUCCGAGAAGAUGUCAGUUGAUUCAUUGGCUCGCUGGUGUUAUCGCCGCCAUCGGGGUCGUCAUGGUUCAGCUGUCACAUAGUCAUUACACCGUUGAUAUCAUCAUAGCAUAUUGGGUGACAACCCGGUUAUGGUACAUUUAUCACACCCUUGCUAACAAUCCUCACUUAAAGGUAGUGUACUUUCAUUGAAUUCUUCUUUUCCUACAUCACAAUGAUUUUUCUGAAGCGGUGUCCGUCCAACAUUGAAAAAUUAGGGUCAAAACGGAUUUUUUAAAUUUGUAAAUGUCGUGUG